UCUGAGACAUACACCUGUUAGCGCUGCAAACAGAGCCACCUCGAGAGACCAAGAAAAGCCAAAUAUCAUGGUGUCUGCCGGGCUUCAGUUACUGGGCACUGCCCUGGCCAUCAUAGGAUGGAUCGGUGUGAUUGUGGUCUGCGCUAUUCCCAUGUGGAAAGUUACAGCUUUCAUCGGCAACAACAUCGUCACGGCGCAGACUUCAUGGGAAGGGAUCUGGAUGAGCUGCGUUGUGCAGAGCACCGGACAGAUGCAGUGUAAAGUCUACGACUCCAUGCUGGCCCUCUCUUCAGACCUUCAGGCCGCCCGGGCCCUCACCAUCAUUUCCAUCGUGAUCGGGAUCCUGGGCAUCAUGCUGGCCAUGGCUGGAGGCAAAUGCACCAAUUGCGUGGAGGACGAGGGCUCCAAAAGCAAGGUCGGUAUCACUGCCGGUGUGAUUUUCAUCGUUGCUGGGGUGCUGUGUCUGAUCCCGGUGUGCUGGACGGCCCAAGUCAUCAUCCAGGACUUCUACAACCCCUUGGUGAACCAAGCACAGAAGAGAGAGCUGGGAGCAGCUCUUUACAUCGGCUGGGGAGCCGCUGCGCUGUUGAUCAUCGGGGGAGGCUUGCUCUGCUGCAACUGCCCACCGAAGGAGGAAACGGGAAAAUACACGGCCAAAUAUAACGCCGCACCUCGGUCUGAAGCUUCCGCACCAUCCGGCAAGAACUUUGUGUAAACGAUGAACUCUGAAAUGAACUCCUACAGCGCCUUAAUGUUUACAGGCUUGGUUUGACCAGGAUGUAGCGGCUCAAAAAGAGUUCGCGACAAGUAUCACGAGGACUUGAAAAGCAGUCAAUGAAAUUCUUAUGUUACAUGUUUUCUACAGAUUUUCUACAUGUAAGACUAUGAGGAAAAUGGGGAACCACAUUAUAAAAAAACCCCCUGCAUUUAAAAGGAGGCUUGUUUAAGUACGAUCAAAUUUUCCUCUUAAACCGUUUGAUGUGCUUUAUUUCAGUUACAGUGUAUUUUGUACUGUAUAAGUAUUUGAACUUUGAUGAUUUUGUAAAUAUUACUGUUUGUACAGCAUUUUAUCUGACGUAAGGGAAAAUAAAACGACGUUUGUAUCACA